AUGGCGAGGAAAAAGCGACUUCGCCUCAUCGCAGAAAUGGCCAAGAAGAUCCGGGCGUACCGAGAGCUCAAGAACCAGCCGCGGGAGUCCCAGAAGUACGCCUUGGACUAUGAGACCAUGAAGAGGCCUUUGACGGGGAAGAUGCUGCCCGUGCUGGCGUGGCAGGACGUCCGCAGGGAGAGCCGCCUCUUCUCUCUGCUGGCAGGAAUGAGGAUGUUCGGAGUGGGUCGACUCCUCACCAGGAAGUCGUGGCUGGAGGAUCACUCAGAGCCCAGCUACUGGCAGAUAACCAAGGUCAAAGUGGACUACACGGCCGAGGUGAGAGCCUGAUAUUUAUCACGAUCAUAUAAUCGCCCAGUCCUCUUUGACAGUUAACUCCUGGGUCUGAUUUCUAUCACUGAACAGUAAAACAACAUUUAAAUCUUUGUAUUUAAAUUAUUUAAAGACUCAGAGAGACCGAAUGUUUUUAAGAAGUCACAUUUUAAACCUCUUUUAAAAACAUAAACAAACCCGUACACGCCGUCUUACCUCUGAAUUCACGGGCGUCCCAUCAGGAUAUGCUGUCAGUGACCUUUUCAGGAGGUUUGAUAACAGACCUGGUUCUCACAUCACACCUGGUCUUUGUUUUCCAGAACAUGGAUCACGGCAAAGCGUGGGGCGUCCUCACCUACAAAGGUAAGACACGACUGUUAUCUGAUUUGAAACCAGUUUUAAUAAAAUUCUAUUUAGAUUUUUUUGAUUUUGCUUUUUCUUUAGAUUGUUACAAACUCUUCCAGCUUGAAUAAAAUUUCAGUGUUAUAUUUUAUUUAUUUAUGAAUGUGUUCUGACAAAAGGAAUGAUAAAUGCUCUAAGAGGUCAUCUCAUUUUUUUCUUCUCUGCAGGUAAGAAGGAGAACGAGGUGAAGGAGGUGGAGAAGGUGAUGUACCACGACUGGCGUCUGAUCCCCAAACACAUGGAGCAGCAGUUUAAGGACUUUGAGCCGCUCCCCGAGCCGCCGGUGCGUUACGUCCCGUUCCCCCCGCUGCUCCGCGCCAUGAUGUUCGCCCAGCACAAGAAAAAGAAGGGCAGCGAGUUGACGGAGGAGCCCAUGCUGCCUCUGAAGAGGAACGUGGCGCUGAAUAAAGACUAUUUCCGCGGACAGGAGCGGGACAAGGACAGUACACAGGGGACAGCCGUGUGA